AUGCGCGACAUUUAUGUUGUUGUUUGUGGCGGUAAGAUGGCGGCGCACGGAGACACCGCGGCCCUGGUGUUGAACGGGUUAAUACAACAAUUCACAGCGAUAACAGGGGCUACAGAGAGUGUAGGAAAGCAUAUGUUGGAAGCAUGCAACAACAACUUGGAAAUGGCAGUGACUAUGUUUCUGGACGGUGGCGUGGUGGCCGAGGAGCCCAGCACGAGCUCCAGUUCGGCAGCAUCCGGCAGCAGAGUUCCACCUACCGACGAAGUACGAGCACCCAUUCCCCAGAAGCAGGACAUACUUGUGGAGCCAGAGCCACUUUUUGGAGUGCCAAAGAGAAGGAGACCGGCCCGAUCCAUAUUCGAUGGCUUUCGAGACUUCCAAACAGAAACAAUCCGCCAGGAACAGGAGCUGCGUAACGGCGGCACAGUGGAUAAGAAACUGAGCACCCUGGCAGACCUUUUCCGUCCUCCUAUUGAGCUGAUGCACAAAGGCAGCUUUGAGACGGCAAAAGACUGCGGCCAGUUGGAGAACAAGUGGUUGAUGAUCAACAUUCAGAACGUUCAAGAUUUUGCUUGCCAGUGCCUGAACAGAGACGUGUGGAGUAACGACGCCGUCAAGACCAUCAUUCGAGAGCACUUUAUAUUCUGGCAGGUAUAUCACGACAGUGAAGAGGGGCAACGGUACAUCCAGUUUUAUAAACUCAACAAGUUUCCGUAUAUUUCCAUCUUGGAUCCCCGCACCGGUCAAAAAAUGGUGGAGUGGAACCAGCUGGAUGUGGCGUCCUUCCUGGAGCAGGCCACCGGCUUUCUGGCACAACAUGGGCAGCUGGACGGGCCGUCCUGCCCGGCACCGCCCGCCAAACGAGCUCGCUCUGAGAGUCUGAUCGAUGCCAGCGAAGACAGCCAGCUGGAGGCCGCCAUCCGGGCCUCCCUACAGGAAACACACUACGAGUCCUCCAAUGUUCCCGACGUCCCCGACUCUCCCAGGUCAGAGGACGACUCAGAGGCUGAGCCCUUCUCCGACAGCGAGGGACUCAUUUCGGUCGACGGUUCGGACGGUGAAAUGCCGGAACCCCAGAAAGAGAAAAGCUCCGGCAGCAAACAUCCCACGUCCGCCGCCCCCACGGCCGGACCCGCCCAGCAUCGCCUGCAUCCCGAUAGUACGUCUUCCUGUCAUCGUAAAUCUCCGUUUAAAGAGAACAACCACAGUCACAAAAAGGAGGAGAGCAAAAAGAACCACCUGGAGCCGUCGCUCGCCGGGCCUCGUCAGAGCCACCCGGACGCAGCGGGGAACUCGUGUGCGGCGCUUGCUGACGGUGUGGGGCCAUCCAAAAGCCCUGAAGACGACUGUCCUGAAGACAAUGGUCCCAAAGCCAGAUUGAUGCUUCGUUACCCAGAUGGACAAAGAGAGCAAAUAUCGUUGUCUUCUCAAGCAAAACUUCUGGCGCUGGUGAGACACGUGCAGUCCAAAGGUUACCCCAACGAAUGCUUCGAACUCGUAACCAACUUCCCGCGACGGAAGCUCACCCACUUGGACUAUGACAUCACGCUGCACGAGGCGGGGCUUUGUCCGCAGGAAACGGUGUUUGUGCAGGAGAGGAACUAGCCUGUAGCGGACUCAACCGACCAUCAUGGACAAGAGGGUCUGGGGCCGGGUUGGUGGAGGCUCAUGCGGGUUUAGGAUGCUCUCCUUUCCCUUCUCGUGAUGCCGGCCGGCUCCUUUGGCCAGUACCGGAUGCCGGCAACUCUUUGAGUUCUUAAUAGGAUUCAGGUCUUUAUUUUCCCCUGGAUUCCAGGUCCAUCGGAAUAGAAUGACCCUAGUAAAGAUCACGGCCCCAUCCAAUUCUCACGUAUCAGGCUUCAGCAGAGAAGACUCCCGAGUUGCUCUUCUCGUUAUUUGCCGUUCCGCGACACAAGAAAAUAGAGGCUCUCUCCUCUGCAUUUAUUCAUUCAGACACAAUCGUGGCAUUUUGAAAGAAGAGUGCAUCAAUCAGCUUUUUACUCUCGUUUGUAUCGCUGGAUUAGAGACUAAUGGACGAUGUGUCACUUUUUUUGUGUAAAGCCCAACUUUUGAUACAGAACGACUGAAGGCCAGUGUGCGUCUCAUCAGUCGCUUGGACCUUUGCUGUACAGAGAUGGCUUAGAAAGACACACACAUACACUGAGGUCAUGGCGUUAGACAUUGUUUCCUCUCUUUCUUUACUUCUUUUUAUAUGUUCUCAAGAAAAUACACCCAUGAUAAAAUAUAACCACCAAAAACCAAA